AUGCCAAAGAAAAAAACUGGGCAGCGAAAGAAAGCAGAGAAACAGAAACAAAGGCAGAAAGAGAUCCGAAAUGCUAGGGAACACGUAGACAUAGCUCAGCACCCUUGCAACAUGCCGAUGGAAUGUGAUAAAUGCCAAAAAAAACAGAAAAGCCGAGCAUUCUGUUACUUCUGCCAGGCACUCCAACGGCUGCCAGCAUGCGCACACUGUGGCAAGGUUAAGUGCAUGCUGAAGUCUGGAGAUUGUGUGGUGCGCCAUCCUGGAGUAUAUACUACAGGACUUGGAAUGGUGGGAGCGAUUUGUGAUUUUUGCGAGGCGUGGGUGUGCCACGGACGCAAGUGCCUUACAGCACACGCAUGCACAUGUCCGCUAACCGAUGCUGUGUGUCUUGAGUGUGAACGAGGUGUAUGGGAACAUGGUGGGCGUGUUUUCCGCUGUUGUUUCUGCCAAGGCUUUCUAUGUGAAGAUGACCAGUUUGAGCACCAGGCUUCCUGUCAAGUUUUGGAGUCUGAAACAUACAAGUGUCAAUCAUGCAACCGUCUGGGGCAGUACUCCUGCCUGCGCUGCAAGACGUGUUUCUGUGACGAGCACGUGCGGCGCAAAGGAGCGCGGCCUGAUCGUCGUGCCGCCCCGCCCUGCCCGCGCUGCGGCUUCGCGCUGCUGCUCACUGCAGACCUUAGCAUGUCCACGCGCUCGCAUCGUUACGGUCGACAGGGCGCUGUGCCGGCCGACGACGAGGACUAUGGGGGUGCCUACACCACGGGAUACACUGGUUACGAUGCCAGCGCUGAGGGUGGAGACUACUCGUACUCCGGCUCCGAAUCGGAUGACGAUGAUGAUGACGACGAGGAAGAUUCCGAGGAGGAAGAGGAGUCUGAUGAGAGCGAGCAAACUGAAGACACAGCAGCUGUAUCUGGUGGCAAGGCCGCAACUUCAUCUUAG